AUGGAGCAACAGCAGCAGCAACAGGCAAAUUUUGUAGCCGAGCAAGUGGAGGGCGGCGCUUUGCGUGUACGCAUAAAGCGCCUAACAGAGCACGAAAUUCGACGCUACAGUAGAAGUGACAGCAGCGGUGGAGACCGGUCGAGUAAUUCGAGCGACAACAACAGCACCGGAGGCGAGCAUGACGACGCUGGCCGGCCAAGUAGCCCCAGCGAGGGCGGUAGCAACAGUGGCAGGCAACAACAAGAAAUCGGCGUCGAGGACAUCGAAAGCCUCGAAAGUACGCAGCCGUUCGUACUGCCCCAAAAUAGUGAAGAUGCAGACAUGGCUGCCUAUUGGGGUGCAGAGUACUUGGCAAACAAUACGCCACAUUUGACGAGCGAAGAGGAGGAGAUGGAGCACGAAUCAUCGCACGUAAACGUACGAUCCGACGACAGCGGGCCAAGCGGUGAAUGUGAUGGCGAAGUAGAGCGGGCACCAACACCCAUAACCAUCUCGUCCGACGAGGAAGAGGAGUAUGCCAAAAGGCAGGGCGAAUUCUCCAUCGCUACGCAAGACGCCAGACACCUCGGUAACGGGUACGUAGAGUAUGCGCGCCAUAUUGACAUGCGCAUCAGGCUAUACGACCCGAUGGCAUCGGAAGAGCCCCUUCCACCGCCGCAACAGCUGUGCCUUAGUGAGGGCGCGAUCGAGGCGUGUACGUUGGCGAGCGGUGGACGAAGUGAUUUUGUGGAGGAGGCGCCGGCGGAAGCGGAUUUUAGUGUGGCAGCAGAUGCCGACUUAGUGGCGGAAAUAGAGCGUUGGCUAGAAGAGGCUGAGCCGAGAGUGCCAUCGGAGUGGCAGGUCCAUCCGGACGUAGGUGCGUUGCCGGAAGAGUUGGUGACGGAAAUUGAGUCGCACGUAAACCACCAGCAACUGAAGCGGCAGUCAUUCAGACGCAUCGUGAACGGACAGGCGUACAGAGUGCGAAUCACCAAAACUGGCAAGGUGACCUAUAAGAAAUACCUACAACAUACAAUACCUACAUAAAAUGUAUAAAGCACAAACAAUUGUAAUGAGGAUAACUGUCUGCGGAUGGACAAACAUGGUAUCAAAGGAGCAGUGCUAACAAG